CACCUGAAAAGCCCUGACACUGGAAGGAAGGUUAUUUCAGGGGAGAUUGCAUAACAAACAUGAAUAAAGUUAAUGGAAAAUCAGGCUGCAGCGUGAAACACAUCAACGCACUAUUCCUCCCUGGCACAAUCUGCAAAAGUCUCGUUUAUUUCGGCAUCCGGACGACGAAAUUCCAGGUUCGUGUCAUUUACCUGGCCGUGUGGAUGGUCUUCCUGCUUGUGUUCAUCCGAGUCGAUUUCAGAUUUAGUUUGGGUGAUUUCAUCGAUGUCACUGAGCGGGUGUGCGGGUGCACGAGCUGCAUAAUGGACCCACAGGAAGAUCCGUGGUUCAUGGAGCUCUACGACAGCCGGGUGCCAAAAUUUAUGAACAGGACCAACAGUAAUAUCAGCGCACUCACAUAUAACUGGUGGAUGAGGCUCCAACGGUCCCGAUCACUGAAUCUCAGUGAUGUCGUGGAACCUCUGUUCUCACUGUUUCGUGAUGAGGAACACUACAGUGACUCUGGUCCUGACCGCUGUAGAACCUGCGCUGUGGUCGGCAACUCGGCCAACAUGAUUAGAUCCCAUUAUGGUGCUAUGAUAGACGCUCACGACUUUGUUUUCAGGAUGAAUCAUGGUCCAACCCAAGGCUAUGAGAGGGAUGUUGGGUUAAAGACCACACACAGGGCAAUUUAUCCAGAGAGCGCUAUAGACUUGGACAACUCCACCCAUCUAGUCCUGCUGCCUUUUAAAGUUUUGGAUCUGCAGUGGCUCAUUAGUGUUUUCACCACCAAAAACAUUACACGUACAUAUCGUGCAGUGAAACCUACAAUAAACGCGAACAAAGAUAAGGUGAUGAUCAUUAAUCCUGAGUUUAUAAGAUACGUCUACGAAAGAUGGUUGAUGAAAAACGGGAAAUAUCCAUCCACUGGCUUCAUCAUACUCAUGUUGGCCGUGCAUAUCUGUGACCAGGUGAAUGUAUUUGGAUUUGGGGCCAGUGCAGAUGGACGAUGGCACCAUUAUUUUGACCACUGGCAUCAUCCGUCCAUUCAUGCAGGUGAACACAGAGGGGGAGUUGAAUAUGAUGUCAUCCUGAAACUUGAGCAGCAACAGAGGAUCAAAAUGUAUAAAGGAUGGUGAUAGAGUCAGAUGAUGACUUUUUGAAAGACACUUUUUAAGCGUAAGUAAUAUCGGCUCAGUCUUUCAUGGUAUUGCUGAGUAACAGAGCUUCAUUUAAACUCAGUGGCUCUCGACAGCACACACUUCUGUACAGAUGACGGUUUCCUUGCUCUAAUACACUUAAUCCAAUUCAUUAUCUCAUUAUCAAGCCCUUUGUUAUCUGGAUCUGGUGGGAUUGGACACUAAAUACGAUAUAUACAGUACUGUGGGAAUGUAAAUCAGCAACAUGUUUACUUUUUCUAGAUUUAUAUCAUGCAAAAAAGAUAAGCUGCAUAUGUGUACAGUACACGGAUGCACAUUGUACAGUAGGUAUACAGUUGCAGACUGUUACGCAUUAUUUGUCUAAUUUAAGUAUUUAAACCAUGUAUUUCUGUAAAAUAUUAUUAUUUACUACACAAUGUGUAAAGUGCAGCAUUAUGUUUCAUCCUGUGAUUGAUCAAUAAUAAUUAAAUCUCAUAUUUCUUGGAAAAACUUGGCAAAAUGUUCCUGUGUCCAUUGUUGCCAGGCAUGUGCACGUCUUCCUGCAGCAGCUCUUUAUCGUUUAAAGUAUUAGAGAUGAAGUCAGCUUUCUCUAUUGUAUCUAUUGUGGAGUACAUAAAAGGAUUUAUUUGCACCUCUGGCCUUAUUGACAGAGUUGAUCUCAGCACAUUCUCCAGUAUUGGACAGUUCCAGAAUUAUUGGCACCCUUGAUUUUAAUAAAAUAAACAGUUGGAGAAGCAGGAACUUGCCUAGAACUAAAAGCAUCUGGCAAACUAACUGCACCCUUCUGACUUAUUCAGAUGUGCUCCACUUGCAAAGAGUCAGAAAACAAUGGAUUUGAGACAUGGUGGCAACUGGAUGACUUUAUACAUCUCAAUGCUAUCUAGUGAAGAACAGGUUGAAGUGAAAAGGUGCUGGAUUGUUUAUAUUGGUGUGACUUGUGAUAGAUCACUCACCCAAAUGGACUCAUGACUUUUUGUCUCAAUUUAAUGAGCUCAUUCGUUCCAGUUCUAUGUGUCCUGCUAGGAUUGUGCAUCCAUGUUGCUAAGACCUGUUCUUUGUCCACUGAAUGUUCAUACUUUGCUGAUACAGCAUAUUUAUUUUCUGACUGACAUUUACAUUCAUACACUCGAUUUCUCAGAAAUCUGUUUGUUUUUUCUGGUUACCAAACCUAACAAAACAACUUUCUAUUUCGUAUUGCAAUACACACUACUUCAUCCACUCUUCUUCAGGCUUCUCCUCUCUAAUCUAUCUAAUCUAUCUAAUCUAUCUUGUCCUGAUGAAAUUGUCUUACAAAAAUCUACCCAAGAGUCACCAAAGCAUUUUAGUACUAUUGAGUAUUGAAAAGCCUUAACGAAAACCUUGUGCCUAAUUGUAUUACUUGUGAUAUAAAGAUACUUUUGAUACAUAAUCAAAAAUAUUAAUUAAAACUAUGAAAAAAAAAUAAAUCAGUCUCAGCUACUCCAGUGCUUUACUGGACCUACAGUCUUCCCUCUGUUAAUCAUAAAAAUCCGACUUUCAUAAUUUAUUUCAAGUGUCAUGGCCCCCAGGUGCAAUCCACCUUUGGCCACUAGAGGGCACCUUGACUGUCCUUGUACAACUUCUUCCCCUGUUGUCUCCAUCCAUUUCCUGUCUCAACCAUCCUCAUGUGUUUGUGAAGUUCCCUGAUUGAUUAGUGCCCUAUUUAAAUUGCUUGUUUUUCAUCUUUGUCACUGCAGCGUUAAUUCAAGUCAGGUCAUAAUCUCGAAUUCCUCUCCGAGGAUAUAAAAAGUCUCUGUAAAAAUUAAAUGAGGAUAAAGCAUGUCAGGUUUUUUUUCAAGCUCUAAUGUGGAAAGGGUUUUUUUUUUUUUUUUUUUUUACACAAUUUAUUUACACACUUUUCACAAGCACAGGACACAGCAUGAAAUACACUUUCACACACUUUAUAGGAUCCCACAUUACACUGUUUGUAACUGUAAGAUCUUUCAAAUGAAAAAUAUAGACAUUAGCAUGUGAUUUUAUUUGUUUUAUUUAUUUCAUCCACAUCAG